AUGUCAAAGGAAGAUGCAACUAAACCUGCUGUUUCUGGAAGUAAUUCAUACAAUAUGGCAAACAAAACGAAAGCACUCAAAAUAUUAUCUAAAUAUAUCAAAGAGUCAGAUAUAUUAGAUAUGAUAGGAGAAGGUCUUGCAAUCAAGUACAAAGAAGACAAUGAAAAAUUUAACUUCCACCUUCGACAGAUUUUAGCUGGUCUUCGUAAAAACAAAAAGUUAGUAGAUAGUCUUUGUUCUAAAAAAAUUACUCCAAAUGAAUUAAUUGAAAUGUCACCAGAUGAUAUGGCAGAUGAAACUGUUAAAGAAAUUAAAGAAAGGAUUAUUAAAGAUGAAGAAGAUAAAAAGAAGCCAAUUGAUAUUUCUAAAAUUCCAGAUAGUAAUGAAUUUAAAUGUAGUAAAUGUGGUAGUAGAAAAAUUCAAGAAACGCUAGCACAAACACGAUCUGCUGAUGAACCUAUGACUCGAUUCUUAACAUGUGCUAGUUGUGGUUUUUUCUGGAAAAUGAGUUGUUAA